AGCCGGCCCGGCCCCGCGCCCCCCGCCCGGCCAUGGAGCGCCCCCGCCGGCCCGCCGGCCCCGCCGCCCCCGCCGCCUGAGCGCCGCCGGGCUCCCGGCGCCCCGGGACGCGGAGGGCAGGCAGCGGGCGGGGGCUGCCGAGCCCCGCCGCCGGAGCCACGGGACCGCCGCGCUGCGAGCGGCGGCGGCAGCAGCAGCCCGCGGAGGGCUCUCCCUCGUUAUUUGUUUUUCCUCCCCCCCCUUCUUUUUUUCUUUUUUUUUUUUUUCUCCAGAUUUUUUUUUUUAUUAUUACGUUUUUCCCCUCCCCUUCUCACUCGCCCAGCUCUGCGGACGUGCUUGCUCCCGGAGGAAGGCGCCCGCAGCCGGCCAAAGCGGGAGAGGGGCCCCGCGCCCCGCCGAGCCCCAGGGCCCCUGCGGAUGUGCGAAGCUCUCCUCCGGCCGCCUGUCCUCCCGCCGGCUUGCCUGCUGGGUGCACCACCUCUUUGUCCUCCUGCAUCUACAGUUUUCAAUUUUUAAAAAAUUUUUAAAUUUUUUUUUAAGCAGACCUGAGCAUCACCGGCAGCGGGAAGGGGGGGGGUGGGGGUGGGGUGGGCCAGCGACGCUGCCAGACCGACCCCUGCCCAUUUCUCCUAAGGAACUCUCAUGGCUUCACAGCUGCAGACAAGUUGCCGUGCAUCUUGGUGGACUAUCGGAGUUUGCAUCCUGCUGGCGGCCGCGCUCCUACCAGGGCUGCAAGCUCAGACUGUCUUAGUCAAUGACACAGUGUCGGGGUUUAUUGGGACAGAUGUGGUCCUGCACUGCAGCUUCACUAAUCCGCUCCCCAAUGUGAAGAUCACGCAGGUCACGUGGCAGAAAGCCACCAACGGCUCCAAGCAGAAUGUUGCCAUCUACAACCCUGCCAUGGGAGUCUCCAUCCUCUCUCCCUACAAAGAGCGGGUGACUUUCCGGAACCCUUCCUUCAAAGAUGGCACCAUUCAGCUCUCCCGGCUAGAGCUGGAGGAUGAGGGAGUUUACAUCUGUGAGUUUGCUACCUUCCCAACUGGCAACCGGGAAAGUCAACUGAACCUCACUGUGCUAGCCAAGCCCACAAAUUGGAUGGAGGGCACCAAGCGGCCACUUAUUGCUAAGUCUGGCAGGACAGAAAAGAUCUUGGUAGCUACCUGCACCUCCUCUAAUGGGAAGCCCCCCAGCACUGUCACUUGGGACACCAAGCUCAAAGGGGAAGCCGAGUUUCAGGAGAUCCGGAAUAGCAAUGGCACCAUCACAGUGAUCAGCCGGUACCGGCUGGUGCCGAGCCGGGAGGCGCACCGGCAGCAGCUCAUGUGCGUGGUCAAUUACCAGCUGGACCGCUUCACCGACAGCAUGACCCUCAACGUGCAGUAUGAGCCAGAAGUCACUAUUGAGGGCUUUGAUGGCAACUGGUUUCUCAACCGGAAGGAUGUGAAGCUGAUAUGCAAAUCUGAUGCCAACCCCCCAGCUCACACCUAUGAAUGGAAGCUGCCAAACGGGACUCUGCCGGGGAGCGUGGAAAUCCAGAACAACACCAUCUACUUUAAAGGGCCUGUCUCCUACAGCGUGGCUGGCACCUAUAUCUGUGAGGCCUCCAACGCCAUUGGUACACGGUCGGGCUUGGUGGAAGUCAACGUCACAGAAUUUCCCUACACCCCGUCUCCAAUCGAUGAUCGCAAAUCCAUGGUGCAGCCGAACAUCCCCACACCGGUGAUUGGGGGCAUAGUGGGAGGAGUCUCGCUGGUCCUGGUGGUAGCCGUGGUGCUCUUUGUGGUACUCCGGCGCCGGCGUCACACCUUCAAGGGUGACUACAGCACAAAGAAGCACGUGUAUGGCAACGGCUACAGCAAGGCUGGCAUCCCACAGCAUCAUCCCCCCAUGGCCCAAAACCUCCAGUACCCUGAUGACUCGGAUGAUGAGAAGAAGCCUGGCCCGCUGGGCGGCAGCACCUACGAAGACGAGGACGAGGAUGCGGGAGGUGACCGCAAGCUGGGUGGCCCCAACAAAUACGAGGAGGAUGCUAAGCGGCCUUACUUCACGGUAGACGAGGGGGAGGCACACCCCGAACCUUACGACGAAAGGACACUCGGCUUCCAGUACGAUCCUGAGCAGCUUGACAUAGCGGAGAACAUGGUCUCACAGAAUGAUGGAUCUUUUAUUUCCAAAAAGGAGUGGUAUGUGUAGCUCGGCACCCCACUGCUGCACACACACACACAUACACACACACACACACACACACACACACACACACACACACACACGAGUGAUGCCCUCCCACUACCCCUACAUCCCUGCCGAGCGGAGCCGAGCGUGCUGCGGCUGCUUGCACACCCACUGCACGCACGCUCACCCCCAGCACACGCACGCACGCCCCCGGCCAGCCCUGGGCGCUCGGCAGAGACUUUGGACGCUUCCAGCACUGGCCGAAGGGCGGGCGGGGGCGAGUGGGGAGGGAGGGCAGCUUUGCUUACGGAUUCAUUUUUUGGGGCAUAAGGGAGGUGGGAGGUUGGGUAAUUAUUUUCUUGGUUUUGGUUUUGCUUUUUAAUUUCUCUUGAUGACUUUUGUCCCCUCUGUGGUGUUUGUAUUGGUCGGUGGCUUAGGUGUUACUAUUUGCUUUAAUGACUGUUGCCCAGCCUGUAUAUUACACUCUGUUUGUGUCUUCAUGUCUCAGAGUGCCCUUCAGCCCCACUUCCCUCCCUGAGGUUCCUCCUCCCAAUUCUGCACCCUCGAAACACUGGAAUUUGUUUGUAUGUUGUCUUCUUUGUUUUUUUCUUAACCUUGGGAGGGGGUCAAAUGGGCUGUCCAUAGAAGGACAGAGGCCAGGAAAGCUUAUGGCAAUGGAAACAUAGCGGCCAUUGAUGAUGGUGAUGACGGUGAACUGAUCUUUUUUUUUCGUGAUCACUUUCUUUUCAGUGUGGUCUGGGUAGCACUCCCAUUGCCCACUGCACGCCUGGGGAGAUCCACUCCCAGUUUUUAAUGACUCAAUAAAAGGAAAAUGAGAAAGGGAGGGAGAAAAAGCCCUAGAACAAACCCCAGGUGCAUGGGCUGAUAGCAGGGCAGGGAAACAGAGCUGCCAUUUUCCUCCUACAAUUUAUUAUUUCCUGGCUUUUCAUUUUCUGUCUUUGUUUGAGUGUUCUUUUAAAAGAAAGAAAAGGAGUGUUUAUUGCUGACAUUUUUUCCCCCGUGAUGGCUCAGAGAAAUGCGGGCUCUUUUUGUUCUUGUUGCUGUUGCUGCUAGUACCAGCCACAGAGCAGUUAACUCUGGCACAACGGUGGUGCCUGGCAUGUCAUGCACACACCUUGCUGCCAUUGCCUGGGGACAGGGACCAACCAAUACCACUUCGCUUCUCCCACAGACUCACUGCCUUCAGCUCUGGUCUGCAGUCCCUGGUAGGGCAGAUCUCCCAGGGUACCAUCCAGUGUCUUUGAGGGCUUCAGUACAGGAUCAGGCCCCUAAGUUCUAUUAUACCACUAAGACUUAAUUGUCAUGUGUUUACACUUUUUUUUUUCAGGUCAAAGCAUGGGGGUGCUUCUCUCUAACUCUCCUAGCAACAACCCCAGCCCUUAGAUAUACUGCUUAGUCUGCAUUGAUUGCCACUUUUUCAAUAUCCCAUCCCUCUUCUAAGCAAAGGCUUUGCAGACCGUGCAGGAGUGAGUGAGCCUGGGGUAUUGAUCUCAUCCUCCUCCCCUUGAGCCACUGUGAUGUGUUGGGGAGGCUUGGAUUGCUGCUAUCUCUGCUCCGUGGAUAAAUGGGAUUCCAGACUUCAGGGCCCUCUGUCUGACACUGGCCGUAUCCAAAUUAGAUUCACUGGGUUGGGGCUUAUUUUCCUUCUUGCGGCUUGGGUUUUUUUUUUUUAAUUUGAUGUAUAAAUAAAUCUUUUGUUUGAAAAGAAAUCCCCAGUUUUCUGAGCUGUAUUAUCAUGCACAUCUAAAAAUAGCAGGACUAAUUCUCCUCCUGCCUUACCCGCUGGGUUUUGUUCCAUAGCAUCCAGCGGUUAUCCUGCUGCAAAAGGGAGGGUGGAGAGUCAGACCCACGCAGAUGAGUCAAGAUCAGAUCUCUGAUCCAGACAGCCUCCCAUGCUUUCCUUUAGCAUGUGGUGCUUGGACCAGAAAACAUGAAGCUCGGCCUGAGCCAUCCACAGUUUGUAGCUUGCUCUUACUGCAUUAGUGGUGUAGGGGAGUGGGAAAUCCAACUGUUAUGCUGUAAUCUUUCUGCUAUUCCUGCCAGCCCUCCAGGCUUCCUGGCUUCUGGCAGAACAGCCAAAUGCUGCAGGAAGGCUGCUUUAUGUCCACUUGAAGCAGGGCAGACAGAGAUUCCCUUGGGAUCUCUUGGGCUGAACCUUAAAAAGUACAUCUAAACUCCUCGUGUCCAUCCACUGCUAGCAGGAGCACCCUGCUACCAAGCAACCCCCAAAUAAUGCAAAUGAAAUCUCUAACAUCUCUCCAUACCUCUGAUUACUAGUAUGGGCUGAUUAUUAGGGGCAGAGGGAAUGACUUCCCUCCAGUGGCUUGGGAUAACAGCAUACACAGGGCUUUAAUUCCCCAAAGUGUGAACCCUGUAAUCUGGAUCAGGACUGAGCAGCAUUGCUGAGCCCUGUACCUUAGCCACAGCUUACUUUAGUGUUACAUGGGCUAUGCUGCAGAGCCUGCAAAAUUUGUGAUUCAGAGAUAAUUCUCAACAAAGUCCAUCUCUCAAGUGACUAAGCCUUUAAAUCUGAAUUUCACAACUAGGCUCUAAAAAGGGUUGUGACCACAUCUCUUAACACCAAACUCUGGGUGGUCCAUGACCAAGCGCAGAGUGGAAAUCGGUGGCACAGGCUGUCCUCUGCAAAUUUCCCCCAGCACAGAUACAUACUGCAAGGAGAUGGAUUUGGAAGAAAACAACCUUCUAUAAAAUCUGCAGGGUCCAGCAGCGAUUCUUUCAUGUUCUGCACUAGCCACAGUCAGCGGCCACUGAUCUGAUCUGGCAAAUUCACACUGCACUGACUCCACGGCACUGCAGGGCCCUAGCCCACAGUGAAGUUGCGUCCUAAAGACCAAAGGUACAAAGCCUUGCAAAUGGAGCAGACAGGCCUGAGAGAGAACGGGACAGUAUGACUGUUCCUGUGUCAGGGUAUGACUUGCAGGAAAUACAAACAAGGAGACCUAAGAAAUAAACUGUGUUAGUUAUUAGCCUUGCACUUAGAGGUGUCAUUUUUUGAGAUGUAGCUUCCUUGGCUUAUUCACUGUCCAUUCACACAGUGUCCACACAGUUAGCUGAAUCGGGGCUCAAAAAAACAGUGGGACUCCGAGAAAGAAAAGGAGAUAAUGAAGCAAUAUGGUAUUUCCAAGCUAAAGCCUAUAUGCAAUUCCCUUUCUGCUAUAUCACACUUUUGCUCCCCAGUACUGCACCAGCACAAGCCUAGGAAGAGCUCAGCCACGUAGCUCAUCAGUGUGGUUCAGAGGAGAGGUCAAAUGACAGUUUUUCAUCCAGAACCUUGGCAAGCCUGGAGUGGAAGAUCCUUAGACAGUACUGCCUGGCACAGCAGUGAAGUACCCUGCAAGUUCAAUGUUCAGUAGUGCAUUCCCCUCGUCCUUGGGCCCUUCAGCAUCGCUCCAUUGGUACAGUUAUCCCCACAGCCACAAAGAAAUGCCACCUCUGUGCGGUGACUUGCUUCUUGCUGCCCCUUGCAAGGUCAGCUAAUUGGCCAAGAGACUCUUGGGGUGGUAAUUAGCCAAGUGAUUAGCCAUUAAUCCACAGCAAGGUAGGAGAAAAAAGAAGUGUGAGAAAAAAAAUCAGAUUGAUGUUUCAUCUGAGAGCCGUUUUGAUCCAGUAAUAGCAUCACACCCUUCUCUGGGUUAAAUUGUUCUGAGGGGGCCCUUGAAGGUAAUUAGACCAGGUUUUCCACCAGCAUCAGGAAGAAAGUGGUACCUGUCUCUACCCAAAUGUGAGAGUGAGCUCAGUAGAGAUGCAAAUUGAAGACCAUGUGCAUCCUGCAUCCUGGGAGGUUUUGCAGGGGAGUAAAGGGUCUGGAGACCGUGUAGUACUCACCCUGGAGGGGCAAUCUGCCUGGUGGCCCCAGGGCUUCCCAGUGCCUGGGCUGGGAAGGGAGGCAGAGGGGCAGUCUGUUCUUUCCUCAGGGGAUGGUUGCACUUGUCCCUUUGUGCCUCAGUUUCUCUCAGUGGGCCAGAUUAUGUCAGGCUGGAGUCAAGCUCCUGAUUUUAAGUGGUGAUGCACUUUUCACAGCUGUGUACACGAGCUCCCAGGCUGGACUGGCUGGGCCACCUCUCCAAGUCACUUUCAGGCUGCCUCAAGUGAAAAAUCCCGUUUCUUCACCCCCCCUUUCAUCAGAGAUGCUAAGAAGGUGUAAAACAUCCCUGUGGGACCCGGCAAAGAGCAAGCAGAAGCUUCCAGUUGCAAGCUGGAAGCUGUUUGUUGUGGUAUCCCUGCUUCACAGCCAGCAGCAGAGGAUGGUGUGGGGACCCCCAGGCUACUCCUCUGGUCAGGGUGAAGCGUGUCCCCAUCCUCUCACAGAUGCCCCAUUUUUUGCUGGACCUGAAGUGGUGUGUCACAUACCUGAGUUGGCUUUCUGCCUGGGAAGCGCCAUCACACUGCUUGGGGACUGGGUGUUGGCAAAGUGCCUCGGGGGCACCGGCGGUUGCAGUGCCUCCAUUUGAAAGGACCAUUGUCCAGAUCCCUUUGUUGGGUUCUUGCCACUGGAGAGACGUGUCAGCGUGGUGCUUUUCCCUUCCCAAACCCUGAUCCUGGAUGGCACCUUGAGGCAAAACUUGUGAUACCUCAAGAUUAAGAUGGGCAGAUGGGAAAGCUGAACAAGUAGGUAAGAGGGAGGUCAAUCUGAGCCCCGUGGUACAUUGCUCUGGGUCUCACCACUGUCUCAGCAAAGAAAAUGCAGGUGAAUUUGGGCUAAGCCCCCAGCUCCUUCCCUGUGUGUAUUCAGGGAGCUGUAUGAAGCAGACACAUCUGUGUCACAACCCAAAACGAGCCUGUAGUUUAUGUACAAAGACACCCCAGCUGUUUUUCUGCUGGGGCUUAUCACUAGGAUUAUUCAUUGCAAUUCACCCUAGUGAUGUUAUUUUCCCUUAUUUAAUUACCAGAUUUUUUUUCCUCCUGUUAAAUCAUUUUCGUUCAUCCAGGGGAAAAAAAACCAAACAAAAAACCUGAAGAUUUAUUCGUAAAAAGAAUCAAACAAACAGAAAUGAUAGCACCAAAUUGAUUGCAAAGACAUAAGGGACAAAGGGAGCCAUUUUCCUUAUGUUGAGUCAAAAAAGAAACACAACUGUUCAGCAGAAAUCACUGAGGGUAAGAGAGGGAUAUUCAAAAGCGUGAUCUUCAAGCAAUUAGAGAAGGGAAUGCAAUUAGAAUGGGGGCUGCUGCUCUCCUUUGCUCUUUUUCUUUCCCAUACACAAGCUCAGAAACACACACACGCGCGUGCACACACACACACACAGAUUUUUGGAGUUUCAGGCACCGGUCACGCUCAAAGAGCGGAGGGGAAAACCCCAUUGCCCAGCUCAGUGCGGCAGACCGGCAGAUGUGUCAUGCCUGCAGGCUGCACGAAGCGCAGAGGUUUCACACUGUGGAAAUGAAGGGGGUACGGCAGGCCCACUUUGUUCUGAGAGGAGAGACACUGGGGCAGGUUGUGGCCUUUUGCCAGCCCAUGUUCACAACUGCUCCUGCUGUAGCAACAAAUUUUUGAGUUUCUCUGCUCUGCUGGGCUGCGGGCAGUGGGCUCCAGUGGGGAGAGGAGACGCUGCCAGCAUGGCGGGCACUGAUGUGUUUUUUAUUCUGCCGGGCCUACAAUAGCACUUUACCCUCCCCUAGCCUGCAGUUUCACCCCCCUCUUUCCCUCCCCUUCGUAUUUGAUGCAAUUUGCUGACAAUUUGAGCGACUUUGAGAGAGGCAAGCGAAGCCUUGGGGCAGGGGAGGGUGCGAAGGCCUGAGGGUCCAACUGCUGCCUCACCAUUGCUUCUAAAACUCCCUGGUCGGCAGCACCGGGUGGGGAGAGCCAAGGGCUGGACCCGGCCGAGGGGCUGGGGCAAAGCACAGCCAGGGCUGGGGUGCCAGGGUGGGGGGUGCUGCCUUCUGCAACAGGGCAAAGGGGAGGAUUCAGUCCACCAGCAAGGGAAGGAAACCCAAGCCUUAGAGAGGGGGGUGAGUUUGUGCUUAGGACCAGCGUGACUUUCCAUAUGAAAUGUACCUGAGGUGAAUGUAAUAAGCAUAUGGAGUCAGAUCCUCCGCUAGCAUAAACUGGUUUUGGUGGAGGUAAUGUUGUUGAGGAUCUGGUUUUUCUUUUCUUUUGCCUUUCUUGUUUUUUAAAACAUGAUUCCUUAACUCCAGUGAUUUUAUCUCUCUUUUUCUUCUUCCUCUUGCUGUAAUUAUCAUUGUGGAAUAAAGACUACAGACAGACAAACAACCCCAAGCCCACUUUUUUUUUUUUUUUUUUUGUAAUCUGUGUUGUAAGUGCUUUUGUAAAAAAUAAAAAAUAAUAAUAAUGUAAUGGACUUUUAUGAUUUUUUUUUGUUUUUGUUUUCCAUCCUUUGUAAUAAUUUGUUUGGUUGGGGUCUGGGGGGGCAUUUUCAUGGUUAUGAUUUGUGUGGCAGGGUGUUGCAUCACCCUUUUACUUGUAUAAAAAACAAUAGUGGCUCAGCUGUGGAAAAAAAAUGUACUUUUUUAUAAAUAAAGAAUUUUAAAAAAAGG